AAUUUCAAAAUAAAAAUAGGUACAUUUGCGAUCCAACUAUAACCUAAACUGAUAAGUAGGAAAUCAUUUAAAAUAUUAAUGACUUUUUGACAAUAAUUAAAUUUCGGUAUGAGUGUGUUGAUAACUAAAAUUUUUACGUCGUCUUUGAGGUGUAUAUCUGCUAGAACAGUUAUUUGUAAUACAUUUGGCGAUUCUGUACCAGUGAUAAAUAAAUUUCUUUUCAAUAAAAAUGAUAUUUUUCGCAUUAGACAACAAGUUUCUCGAAGCUAUUCUAAUGACACGAUACUACCAACGUCUAUGGCUUUGGACAAUACAAGUUUGCCAUUGAAAAAGAAAACUGUCCACAAAAAAACAUUACUCGAAGAUGUGUCGCACAAAGAAGGCCAUUAUUUAACUUUAGCAUACGCCACAGCAAAUAAUUACGAUUUGAAAGCUUUAAGAGAAGGACUGGUUAAUCAGAAGUUAUAUGAACCAGAAACUUUAAAAUCCCAAGAUCUAGGUGAUGUGGUGGUCGCCCAUGCUGUUUAUUCUAUUGGACAUGAACCGCGUGAGAUCAUAUUCUUCCGCGAAGGUGCUGUCGUAUUUUGGAAUUGUACAGAACUUGAAGCUAAUAAUGUUCUAGAUUUUGUCAGGCCAUUUGAAAUGGGGAGCUACCCAAACGAAGUAGUCAACAAGGAAAGAGAAGUGAUGAAAUAUGAGUACCAAGUAAAUGUCAAAAGAUGUUCUCUACAUGAAUCAUCUAAUUGUUUCGUCCUUGUUCCAAACUCGGAUAACUCGCUGGAGAGAUAUACUUUCAGGUUCAUGGUCAAGUUGAAAUAAUUGAAGAGAUAAGACCUCUUGUUGUUCCUUUAUUUUUGUCCAAUAGCUUUAUUGUUUAUUUUGCGACCUUCACCUCCCGAGAGCUGCAGGCUUAAGAUAUGCUAUACUUGGGACGUCUGAAGUAUGUUUCACCAAGCAAUCAAAGAAUCCACUUC